GAUUUGUUUUGGCUUGCCAGUCAAGCACCAGGUAUAUCCGCCAUGAGGUGGCUCACUGUGCUCCAGCUCUGCCUUCUGUGCACGUUUUAUACCGUGGCGCUUGGCCAAAAUGCGACUUCUGAGGAACCCACGAAGAACUCAAGCGAGGAGGAGACAUCAGACGAGCUUCUGGAAGAGGACAACGUCUUGGUUCUAAACAAGAAGAACUUUGACAAGGCCCUUGAGACCUAUAAAUAUCUCCUAGUGGAGUUCUAUGCUCCUUGGUGCGGUCAUUGCCAAGAGCUUGCUCCAAAAUACGCCAAGGCGGCGGAGAUCCUGAAGGACAAGUCAGAAGAAGUGAGGCUGGCUAAAGUAGAUGCCACCGUAGAAUCUGAACUGAGCACGGAGUUUAAUGUGAAUGGGUAUCCCACCCUGAAAUUCUUUAAAGGUGGAAACAGAACGGGCCACAUCGAUUAUGGAGGAAAGAGGGACCAAGAUGGCUUGGUGAAGUGGAUGCUGAGACGUUUGGGGCCGGCAGCCAUUGUGCUUGAUAAAGUAGAAAGUGCUGAGAAAUUCACCAGCUCCCAAGAAUCUCCAGUGAUUGGUUUCUUCAAGAACCCGGAAGAUGCCGAUAUCAAAAUAUUUUAUGAAGCUGCGGAGCUUAAUGAAGACUUCACUUUUGCCCUGGCCCACGAUGCAAAACUGUUUGAGAAAUUCGGAGUGACGGAAGACACGGUCAUCUUCUUCAAAAACUCUGAGGAGAAGCCUGAGUUUAAAGUUGAUGAAGACCUUGGAUUAGACAAAGAUGAGCUUUCCAAGUUCCUCAAGAUAAACAACAUCGACCUCGUCACAGAAUACAGCGCUGAGACUUCCGAUAAGAUUUUUGCUGCCCAGAUCCCCAACCACUUGCUGCUUUUUAUCAAUAAGACUGAGGAUUCCCAACUGGCGCUGUUGGAACAUUUCCGCAAAGCGGCGACCCAUUUUAAAGGGAAAAUCCUCUUCGUUUUUAUCGACUCCGACGGCGGUUUUUCUUCGGUCCUUGAGUAUUUCGGGCUGAAAUCAUCGGACGUUCCAACCCUCCGAUUUAUAAACCUGGAGUCGGUGAAGAAGUACGCGUUCGAUGCCCCGGAAAUCACGGAAGACACUAUCCAAACAUUCUGCAGGACUGUCCUUGAGGGAAACGUCAAGCAAAACCUCAUGAGUGAGGAAAUCCCGGCCGAUUGGGAUAAGAAUCCAGUGAAGGUUCUGGUGGGGAAGAACUUUGAAGAGGUGGCGUAUGAUGAAAGCAAGAGUGUGUUUGUAGAAUUCUAUGCCCCUUGGUGCUCUCACUGCAAAGAGCUGGAACCAGUCUGGGAAGAACUAGGGGAAAAGUACAAGGACCACGAGAGCGUUAUCAUCGCCAAAAUGGACGCCACCGCCAACGAGAUCGAUGGGCUCCGAGUACGAGGAUUCCCCAACCUGAGGUUUUUCCCUGCGGGCCCCGGGCGCAAGAUGAUUGAAUAUACAAAGGAAAGGACCGUUGAGCUGUUUUCGGCCUUCAUUGACAGUGGGGGGGUGCUGCCCGAGGAGAAAGUGGAAAAGGAUGCUGAAGCAGAGGAGAGCAAGGAAGUGGCGGAGGAAGACAAAGGAAAGGAUGAGUUGUAACCCUGUGCUAUGGGAUAAAGUGCCCCGCUGGGAGCCAAUGGCUUGUGUAAAUGACCAGUCAGUCGGGGGCCCCCCGGCCCUUGCCCCGCCCAAUGCUCAGGCACAACUAGGAUUUGUAUUCUUCAUUUGUUGCUGUUACCAAAACAUUUUUGACAUUAAAGGACACUUUUAUUUAA